CUAGAGCAGCAAGAACUGUGGGAAACAUACCGUUCCUGAGCGAAGGUGCCAGGCUGAAGGAGGGAGAGUUGUAGGGUCCUGUACUUGGCUAGAAAGAACUCUGAGCCAGCUGUCUGAAGCUGAAAAGCCAGAAUGAUCUUGUUGGCUUCAGACAUGGGGUUUUCCAGAAUGUCACAGUUGGACCUGUCCUGGCUGGGCCUGAGACUGGAGGCAUCCUCACCAUGGCUGCUUUUGCUACUGAUUGGAGCUUCCUGGCUCUUGGUCCGUCUCCUGACUCAGACCUAUAUCUUCUGCAGAACAUACCGUCACCUCAGCAGUUUCCCUCAGCCCCCCAGACGCAAUUGGUUCUUGGGUCACCUGGGCAUGAUUACUCCCAGUGAGCAUGGGCUGAGGGAGGUGACCAAGCUGGUGGCCACCUACCCCCAGGGCUUCAUGACAUGGAUGGGCCCCGUCCUCCCCAUCAUCACUCUGUGCCACCCUGACGUCAUUCGAUCUGUUCUCAAUGCCUCAGCUGCAGUUGCCCUAAAGGAAGUAAUCUUCUACCGUUUCCUGAAGCCCUGGCUGGGGGAUGGGCUCCUGGUGAGUGCUGGUGACAAGUGGAGCCGCCACCGUCGCAUGCUGACACCUGCCUUCCACUUCAACAUCCUGAAGCCCUACGUGAAGAUUUUCAAUGACAGCACCAACAUCAUGCACGCCAAGUGGCAGCGCUUAGCCUCAGAUGGCAGCACCCGUCUGGACAUGUUUAAGAACAUCAGCCUGAUGACCUUGGACAGUCUGCAGAAAUGUGUCUUCAGUUUUGAUAGCAACUGCCAGGAGAAGCCCAAUGAGUAUAUUUCUGCCAUCUUGGAGCUCAGUGCCUUAGUGGCCAAACGGUUCCAGCAGCUGCUUCUGCAUGUAGACUCACUCUAUCAGCUCACCGCUGAUGGGCGGCACUUCCACAAGACCUGCCACCUGGUGCACAGUUUCACAGAUGCUGUCAUCCAGGAGCGACGUCGCACCCUGCCCAACAAUGUUGGUGAUGAUGUCCUCAAGGUCAAGGCCAAGUCCAAAACUUUGGAUUUUAUUGAUGUGCUGCUGCUGACCAAGGAUGAAGAUGGAAAGGAGCUGUCAGAUGAGGACAUCAGAGCGGAGGCUGACACCUUCAUGUUUGAGGGCCAUGACACCACAGCCAGCGGGCUCUCCUGGAUCCUGUACAACCUGGCGAGGCACCCGGAAUACCAGGAGCGCUGCCGGCAGGAGGUGCGGGAGCUCCUGAGGGACCGACGGUCUACAGAGAUUGACUGGGACGACCUGGCCCAGCUGCCCUUCCUGACCAUGUGCAUCAAGGAGAGUCUGCGGCUGCACCCCCCAGUCACCGUCAUUGCCCGUGGCUGCACCGAAGACAUUGUGCUUCCAGAUGGCCGGACCAUCCCUAAAGGAGUCGUCUGCAUCAUCAAUAUUUUCGCGACCCAUCAUAACCCAACUGUGUGGCCCGACCCUGAGGUCUAUGACCCCUUCCGUUUUGACCCAGAGAACAUCAAGGACAGGUCACCUCUGGCUUUCAUUCCCUUCUCCGCCGGGCCCAGGAACUGCAUAGGACAGAUUUUCGCCAUGAACGAGAUGAAGGUGGCGCUGGCGCUGACGCUGCUGCGCUUCCGCGUCCUGCCGGAUGACAACGAGCCGCGCCGGAAGCCGGAGCUGAUCCUGCGCGCGGAGGGCGGGCUGUGGCUGCGGGUGGAGCCGCUGAGCGCGCAGUGACUCCUACCCUAGGACAGGGACUGUCCCACCCACCCACCUAGCUCUACAGAUUCCCAAAUAAUCGGAGCUGUCACCUGUGCCAGAGGCUCGGCGAAUGCCAGCCAAGGGCGCUGUCGGACAGUUGUGGUCGGGGAGGGAGAUGGGGUUAGCAUCCUUAGGCCAAGACCUCUGACUUCCCCUGGCUGUUCACAGGCCUUACAUGGUCCUCCAGCCUCACUGGACUUACUCUCCUGAGAAUAGGGAGCCAUGGGGAAGUGUCUGCGCAGGCCAACCUCGAGCCAUACUCAUCUUAAAGCUUCUUAUUUUUGGAUACUUCAGUGUUUCUGUGAAAACUAAAUUCCUAGGUUAAUUAAACCUAACACGUCUGCCAUUUA